AUGGUCGGAGUGAAUCCAGGACAGAACAGUGCUAGAAUCUGUCCAGAAUGUACGACACUUAUUUCCAGGCGGAGAAUCGCGUUCGAAAAGAGUCUGAACCACAUUGCGAUCGCCGAAGCAGGUUAUUUUUGUCUCGUGGUUCUUCUCGGUGUUAUUCAUGCUGAUUACUAUACUCCAAGUGAAGAAGUUGGACGGGAAUUGGCAAAAUAUGAUCGAGAAAAUGAUGAGCGAUAUCCUUUUGAGUAUGGACUUGGGUACUAUUAUCAAGGAGACAUAAUGCUUGUACCUCCAGAGGACGCCCGAGUCUCUAUACCGGAUUCAUUAACUUCUUAUAUAUGGCCCAAUGGCACAGUGCCAUAUGAAAUAGCAGGAAAUUUCUCUAGAAGUGAGUUAAGAACUAUCCGUAAUGCUAUGAAUAUGUUCAGACGGUAUACAUGUGUUCGGUUUGUUAAAAAAACGGAUGAUGAUGACUUCUUCGUUACAAUUGUGAACAACAAUACGGGAUGUUAUUCAUAUGUUGGUAGACAGUCUAACAAUGAUUUCAACCUGAUCAAUUUGCAAACACCUGUGUGUUUGAUGGCGGUCGGUACACCGGUACAUGAAAUGAUGCAUGCUAUCGGGUUCUAUCACGAGUUUGUGCGUCCGGAUAGAGAUGAAUAUAUUUAUAUAAACCGUAGCGCUUUGCUUCCAGAAUUACAGACCGAUGAAGUUUAUAAUGAUAAUUUUGCAAAGCUACAGCCACAAGAUGGUCAAACAUACAACAUUUCAUAUAACUAUGGAAGUGUAAUGCAUUAUUCACGUUACGCAGGCGCAAGGAGUCGUGAAUAUCCAACACUAAUAAAUAAGAAACCAUAUGUUGGAGACUUUGGUAACGAAAAUGGAUUCGCACUCACCGAUGUCAUGGAAAUUAAUUUGAGAUAUAAAUGCAUCAACAGAGAUAGAAUUCCGAAGCCCUCCACAUCCUUUUUCCAAACGAUGUAA